UUGAGAUGAUACCGCCGUGUAGUGUACGGUACGAAGAGACGCUCGCCGAGAUCGCGCGUCUCGACGUGCAGCUCCAGACGCUCGAGACGUGUUCGCACAACAAGCUCGGCGAGUUUGCGCGGCCGCUCACCAUCAAAAUGGCUGGCGCAUGGCGCGUCGACACGUCGACUCUAUCGCCGACGCACGUAUCGAUUGGCCACCUCUACGACGCGUCGGGCAUGACGCUCUACGAGCGCUUCUUGCGCGCGCACAUGCGGCUCGUGGCCCUGAGCGCGCUCGUGUACGGCACCGAAUCUGUCGCCGUCGUGCGCGCGACGCUCGCACUCGCGACGAGCUACCUCCGCGCCGGUCUCUGGAAACAGUGCGCCGAGCACGCGCAGGCCGCCGACGCCUUGCUGCAGCGCCUCGCGCCGCAAGCAUCGCAGCCGACCGAGAGUAUCUCGACGCGUCAGAUGGACGGCCAACUCCAAGCGGCCUUUGCGCUCUUCCGCGCCCUCGACGUCAAUGGCGACGGCGUUGUCUCGCGUCACGAGCUGCUGACGGCGCUUGCGACCAAUGAUUUCUUCACGCGGCUCCGGGCCAAAGCGCACACGCUGCCGAAUGCCUUUGGCGCGCUGCUCGACCCGACACAGCUCGAUGCUGUCUUUAGCGCGGUCGAUGCCGACAACAGCGGCUCGAUCCAGUGGCGCGAAGUCGUUCGGUACUUGCACGGCCACGACAAGGCGUUUCAAGGCUACUGCGCCCAGCUCGAGAGGGCCUUGCCGCCGAGCCUCGUCGCUGCGCUGCACCAAGCCUAUCACGGUGUUGAGAGCGAUGCGACCCGCACUCGCAUCGCGGAAGCGCUCAGUCUCGAAAGUGAUUGUCACACGAGCCUCGUUGCCGACUAUCUCCGACACCAUGAAGACGAAGACGAGAAUCCUGACGAGCGCGUCGUCACGUGGCCCGAAGUCCUCGAGAUCGCGUGUCGAUCUCAGCGCGCUUCCAUGUUUACGGGCUUGCGACCUCGCAUCGCGCUACUUCUCGGCCGAUGCCACAUGAAGCGCGGCCAAAUCGAGGAUGCGACGGCCUGUCUUCGAAAGGCUGUGGACGAAGCCCAGGCGACGCUCGGUCCCGAGCACCAUAGCAUGGUGGAAUACUAUGUCGCCCUUGCUGACGUCCUCGUCCUUCGACACACGCAGGCGCUGCAGGUCGCCAAAGACUUGGCCGCCACCCGCUUUGACAAGUGGCUCUCCACGCCCGAAGGCGCACAGCGCAUCCGCACCGAGGCCAUCAAGCUGCUCAACGACGCCAACGAGGCCAAACAAAAGCUACCGACCAAGCGCGACGCCGAGGCGGAGGCCCGACGGUACCUCCAAUCGCUCCACGAUCGGCGCGAGGCCCAGCGCAAACCGGACUCGACACCGUUUCUCGACGAAGCCACAGAGCUGUGCACCAAGGUGUGGUCCAUGGAACAGACCCAAUAUGGCAACGAGCACGUCCACGCGGCGAUUGCAUUGGCGGGGCUCGGGAACGUCUACAUUGUCCGCGACGACCCGACGACCGCCGUGACGUACUUUUCCCAAGCGAUCGCAGCGUUCGAAGCCGCUUGCCACGGCAGUGUCCCCGCCGCCGCCUUUCUGCGCAUGCAUGUCGCCAAGGUCUACGUCCACAUGAAGAAGAGCGCCGAGGCUGUGGACCUUCUUCAAGAAGCGGCGACCUUCUUCACAUCGCACGCCGCCAAGUUUCUGGAUGCCGACACAACGCGGCGCGACUGCGCGGCCAACGCCAUUGAUGCGUGGCAGGGCUGGCUCGACCUUGCAGCGUACGAGAGCCCCGAAGUUGUCCACGGUGUCUACCUAGGCAUUGUGGAGGCCGCCACGAUCGGGUACGGCGAGUUCAGCCUCGAAGUCGCCGACGCACAGAUGAAUUUGGGCCACUACUUGCUCAAGCAGCGCCGGGAGCUGCAUGGCGAUGGCGAAGUCGCGCUCGAGGCGGCGUGUUACAUUCUCGAGGUUCACCACGGCCUCCACGACAAGCGUGUCCGGCGGCUCAAGCAAGAAGUACACGCAGCCGCGGCCAAGCGCAAGCACGGCGACGACUCGCCCGAGUCGCACGACACGUCGUGGCUCUUGUAGAAAAAAGAAGUAGCGUUCGUAUUGUACGUGCUUGGGAACAUGACACGCGCGAGUAUACGAGUUUGGCGUUGACGGGAUCCACGGCGUCCAGAACUGAGCGCGACAACGGCCGCCACAAGUGACCUUGAGGCGCUUGAGAUCAUAAAGGAGCCGUGUUCUUGUCCA